AUGGCUCCUGUGCUUCCAGGAAAUGACUCCACAAAGUCAAACAAAGUGACCAAACCCAAGAAACCUUUGUAUUCUAGAGCUUCAAAGGCUUGCUCAUCCUGUCGGAGACAGAAGACUCGUUGUUUUCCUUCUUCAGAUUCUAUCGCAUGCCUUCGAUGUGCCUCGAUGAGCCAAGUCUGUUCCUUUGAAGAAGAUUUGCUCAAACGGGCGACAGAUCCUGAUAAUUCAAAGGAGAAUAUAAUUGGAUGCUUACCCAAUUUGGACCAAAACGGUUCGUUUGAUAUCAAGCAAACCAUUCAACCAGAAAGCCAAGUGUUCAAGCUGUCACCGAUAGCAAAAAUGAACUUGAAUAUAGACAGAAAAUUGAAGACUUUAGAAGCUGGAGUUAGCCAGAUCUUAGGACUAUUGAGAAGAGAGGGUUUCAGCCUUUCUGAACCGGCUGCAGUUUCGUUGGUCGACACAAAUGAAGUGCAAGCUGAAUUUGGAGUUGAGUCCAAGUUUGAACAUAAACAACAUCAGCAAGCGAGACAAGGUAACUAUGAGCCAGGAUUAGAUCAAAUCAGGCCUACUGGCUAUGCUGAACAAGAAAAGAAUUUUGACGAAAUAACAACCUAUACUGAUUACAAUGAAGUCACCUUGAAUCCAUUUGGGUCGAAACUGGAUUUAACCGACAUACCUAGUUUGGGAGCUGCACAUUCCACAUUUAUCACUUCACCGUUUGCAUCAUUCACUCAGUGUGUUGCAAUAGAUAAUCUUCCUAUACCAUUAUCAAACUUGGCGUUGCCUCGAGACCAUGUCAGGAACUCUGGAUCCGAGUUUUUUAUAGCAGGAAUUUUGACAAAACCUCAAGCGAUUGAGCUACUGUCGACUUUUAGGGAGAGAUAUGGUAGAUGGGUGUCAUUUGCUCAUCACAUAUCAACCGAACUGCUGUUGGAUCGGAUUAUGUCCAAAUGCCCUUUACUGCUUAUAGUUGCCUGCUCCUUAUCUUUGAAGUAUAGUGAUCCCUACAUAAGAAAGCACGCAGAAAAAUAUUUGCGUCAAUCACUGAUGAAGGAGCUCAACCAGAACCUGAUGAUAAUGCCCCAAUGUUUGGAAUUUAUGCAAGCUUUAGUAAUACUCAGCGUCUAUGCGUUGACACUUUCUGAUGAAACAUUUUCAGUAGAUGGAUGGUUUCUUUCAGGCGUUGCAUUACAACAGUUCAUUACCAAAGAGAGAGCUGGAAAUCUAAUCUCUGAUCGACCUGAAGGAAUUUCCGAAGAGUUUCAAAGAUUAACUGUCUAUCGUCUAUGGAACCAUUUAUGUCUGGCUCAUUUGGUCAAUAGUGUUCUGUCAGGCAGAAUCUCGAUUAUUAACUCGUUGAAUCUUCAUUCUGGUAGGAAAGUGCUGGACCUCCCUGAGUCUACCAAUUUUGAUGGUCGUAUGGUGGCCGAAUGCUCAUUACAACUAAUUGUCUGCGAGUUUUUGAACAGUCAGUCAGCAUCCAAAGAGAAAUCUUUACAAGUAGCUCGUGGGGAGUUAGUCAAAUGGCUCGAGCAAUGGAGUUAUCUUUUUGAACAACCUGCUAAUCAAUUUGUAGAGUUAGGUUAUCAUUAUGGGUACUUUCUCGUCUUGUUUCAUUGGAAUUUUAAGAAGUUGCAGAGUGAAACAACAGAUGUUAUUUAUCCUAGCAUACAAGAUAGUUCGGUAAUAGACCGAAUACUCGAUGUUGCUGACAGCGUCUCUAUGCGUUCAAUGCUGUACCAUACAGAAAAGGUUUUGGAUUCCAUUAACUCAGUUGAUAAUUCAUCGUAUUUUGCAUUUCUAUCGGACCAGGUACAUUUUAUCUGUGUUUAUUCAGCCUUGGUCAUGGUUAGGCUACUCAGAGUGAUAACGAAUAGAGACAGAAUCAGCGUUGAAUCGGUAAAUGAAGAUUUAAACCAAGUCGAAAUAUCUUCCCUGGAGUUAACAAGAAAGCUCGAUAGAUGUUACAAGUUGUCCGUACGAUACAAAGAAGUUAGCGUGGACGAGAAUGAUAUACCGCAAAAGUAUGCUACGGCAAUACAAUCAGCAUUAGUUGAGACGUUUCCCGCUGUCCAACUAUCGAAGGCUUGGCUGACGGACGAUAAUUUAGAAGAGAAUUAG